UAGGAAAGCAUGAAAAAGCAAGGAGUUUGGAGAUGGCCAACUUUAGUCCGGACCAAACGAAGCACCGCUACCUCAUUUACACCUGUCGGCUUACUCAGUAUUGUGGGGGGCUGUCUGACCGCCUCCGGGGCAUUGCAUACGCCUUCCUCUUGGCUGUCAUUACCAGACGAAGGUUCGGCGUUCACAUGGAGCUCCCAACCUGCGAGCUCUCCUCCAUGCUUGAAGUCAAUCACUUAGACUGGAGGGUGAAUAUCACCUCCCUGGAUGAGUCUAAUCUGACGUCACAAGUGUACAACCGUGUGAACAACGUCAGCAUCAGGAAGGAGUUCAUGACCAUUGACUUCAACACCUACUUUGAUAAAGACAUAGUGUACUAUACGUCCAAUCAAAUACUCUUUCGAGAACUCUUCGCCAAUCCCCAUCACGUGGCAGCCCUGAGAUGGCUGACUAAAGUCCCACGAGGCGAAAUCUUCCGACAAAUCCUCAACACGCUCUUCAAACUGGCGCCGUCGCUACAGAGCGAAGUCGAUAACAUCACAGACCAGGCGCACCGCAGGCAUGGCGGAGGGAUGUUGGUGGCCGCCCAGCUCCGGUGUGGACGCAACCCCAGUAUACCAAAGGACACUCAGGUGCGACUGGUUCCUGAGGAUCUGCAGGUAAUCUGGAAGUUUCUGAAGUCGUACCUCGCGAAUCCCGCUGCCAGCUUCUUCAUCGCCUCUGACUCUGAGAAAGUGGUGCGUGAAGCCAAGUCGAAAUUUCGAGAACGUCUGUUGGAAAGUUCUGGACCCAUCGUUCACGUCGCAUACUCCAAGAACAGCGAUGACGUGUGCUCGGGCAUGCGUCGCGUGCUGGUGGACAUACACGUCCUUGCUGCCAGUGACGUGCUCCUCAUCACCCGCAGCGGCAUCGGGGAUCUAGCUUCUCACCUACGAGGGUUCGACAAGGGAGGCUUGUUCUGCUUUCGACCUCAUGAAGCCAGAGUCACAGCCCUGAGCACUACCGUAAACUGGCUUGCCGAUAGAAAUGCGAAAAAAAUAUUGAGAAAGCUUACUGCUUAGAGCGGUACACAAAUCUGAACUGUUGAACGGGUAUCUUACUCCUUAGGAAGGAAAGGCAGAAAGGAAAGAGAAGGUACCGCAUCAAUCACAAAAAACUUGUCCCAAGAAACCUCAAAUCUCACGUACUCAUCGCUUUCCUCACAAACAUUUGACAAUAUAAUUAAAUCUGUAUACACGCUAAAUACACGAACCUUUCAUGUCAGUGCCUCUUCAAGAUGUGUGUCUGAUCAAGUGUCUUCUUGGUGCGUGAAAGCGCUUGUGUCAGGUUGAUCAUGAGAUUGUGAUUGUGUGAUUAUUAUUAAAUGAUGUUAUGACUAAAAAUACAUCUAGGGCUUAUAACCAAUAAAUAAAAUGUUUCAAUGUAGACCUUUAUUAUUUCAUCACGUCAAUGUCUGGUCUCGUUUGUCUAAAAAUUGAUUAUUGCUUUUUUACUUUUUAUUUUCAAUUUGCUGUUUAUGGAUUUUAUACCUGCUAAUAAAUAGGCUGAUGACAUCAACUCGGACAAAUUCGAUACAUCUAGCCUCCGUGUAUAGCCAUUUUCUCACAGCUGUAGCGGCCUAUAUUAUCGACGCGAAAAACAGCUGUUACUGAUUCUAGCGAUGUCUUUCUUUCCGUCUCUAGAUCUCACUCCUUGUGCGUGUGUGUGUGAGUGAGAAAAGGAGAGACAGGACAUUAUAGCUUUUGAUCUUUUUUUGCUCAAUCACAUGUUACGAACUCCCUGCAGCAGAUGGUAAACAAAAAGGACGUUUUACUAGUGAAAAAAAGGUGUAGAAUAAAACUGAAAAAUGUUGCACUGUAUAAAUUCCAGUGAAUGUUUUGACAGUAACAAAAAUUUAUGAAAAAUUUUUUUCUUUGAUUUUUCUUGUUCUCGAGAACCCAUCAACAUUAUGACCUUCUCCAAAAGACUUUUUCCGUCUUGCCUUCAAAUAAACAUCUCGUUUCAAUACCUAAAAGACGAUUUCAAAAGAAAAAUGUUGAUGAAAGAGAAAAGCAGAAACUAUAAGAAAAAUUGUCAUUACUUCAAAUGAGAUUGUACGAUAAUAAAGUCUCAAAAAUAAAUUUGUUGUCUUUAAGCACAAAGCAGCACAUAUAUGUUGAAGAAGAUUUCUUUGUCGGCAUAUUUCAAAAACAGAUAAAAUCUCCAAAAAUUAAUGUAAAUAAAAUUUAAUAUAGAAUUUUCAAUGAAAGCAAGCACAAAAAGGGAUAAAUGUGCCGACUGAAGUAAAUUUAACAUUCUAAAUUGUUCUCCUAUUAAAAAUUCAUUUCUUCUUCUGUGCUCUUAUUACAGACGUCCGUAGGUAAAGCUUGCAACACGUGGGGGCGGAGAUUCCUUAUAUAGAUAUAAAGACAUUUUUAUAUUUAUUUUUAAAUGGCCAAGGGGAAGUAACGAAGACUCAACUUCCGAUACUCGCAGUUUCACAAAAGCAGUGAAAGAGGCAACAUUACACGUCAAAUAUGGAUAGCAAAAAGAAUCGCUUGAGGCUGAAGUCUAAGAUUUCUACAUUAAAAUGUGACCCUGCUCAAGACAGUGAACCCCAGCAAGGAGUAUGCAAUAAAAAUAGUGACAGAAAUCAGUUGGGGGAGCCUAAGGAAUGUCUUAAUGGAGAAAAUGUCGUACCAAGUAUCAGAAGAGAAGCAAGUACAUCAGAUAACCAAUUGGAAGAAGUGCUAAAAUGCUUGGAAAGGAGGCGGAAGAAACUGCCUAUGGAAUCAAUCCCAGAUUUACCAACUUUUCAAUCAUCUGUAUAUACCCAACAGAACAGUUCUAUCAAGCGAGCAACUGGUGUGGCAGAUGAAUUACCUUCUUUGCCCAAGUUAUUAUGCUCCUGUUUGCUGCAUAAAAAGCGUCAGGCUGAGGAAAGGAUCUGUAGCUACCUCCAUCCAUCCGAUGUUAUUUUAUCUACAGUGUCAGAUACACAUGAAACUAGACAAAUGUUUCCAAAAGACAUUUCAAAGUCUCCUUGCAUACUUUCACAGACAAUUAAGAAAAGAAAAGAAACAAGAAAAUUAGACACCUGCAAAGAGCCUUUACAUCAGACAGUGUCUUCCUCCAGAAAUCUACUUGCUGAUUUUUUUCCUCUUGAUGUUGUUAGGACUGGAACAGUUGUCUCGGAAGACAUGACUAAUACAAACUACAUGCCUUGUGCUGGUGGUUUAGCAAGAAUCAGAAAUAAGGAAGCAUCAGAACCAUUGUCUGAGCAGUUGAAGGAUGGCUGUUUUGAUGGCUCUGGCUCAGAGAAAAGGGUUUAUGAGAACAUUGGCAGAAGAGAAUCUAGUAUGGCCUCAAGGCAGGAAAAAAAACAAGAUUUUUGUCUUCAGUCACAUGCUUCUGGUAAAGUCUUGUCUUCUUCCAAGACUAUUUUCACAGAAAGCACUAAUAACAAGAGGAGGCUUGGAGAGCAUGACUGGACACUGAACCAGCAAAGAGCACAGCAGCUUCUUUUUCUGAUGGUUUGUCAGAGCUGCUGACAUCAUGCCCAAUGUGCCAAACUAAAUUCUCAGACGGACUGACUCAGUGUGAUAUAGAUGGUCACCUUGCAGCCUGCCUCUCUGUCAGCACUGAUGACAUUGUCUGGUAAGACUCAAACGAGCGAUGUUGUCAGACUUGCAGCUUGAUACUCUCAGGAAGCUGGUCAGCCUUUUUUCAUAUUGUCAUCAUCACAAGUAAUAAACUUAUUAUGACACCAAA